AUGGCCAACGACUGCAGCGUGAAGGUGGCGCUGAGGAUCCGUCCUCAGAUGGCCAAAGAGAAGCUGGAGGGCUGUCACGUGUGCACGCUGGUGACCCCUGGGGAGCCCCAGUUGCUGUUGGGUAAAGACAAGGCCUUCACCUUCGACUUUGUGUUUGAUCUGGAGUCCGAGCAGCAGCAGGUGUACCACAGCUGUGUGGAGCGGCUCAUCGAGGGCUGCUUUGACGGCUACAACGCUACAGUGUUCGCCUAUGGACAGACUGGUUCGGGGAAGACCUACACCAUGGGCACCGGCUUCGAGGUGAGCCUGAGUGCCUCGGAACAGGGUAUCAUCCCACGGGCAGUGCACCAGCUGUUCCAGGGCAUCCAGGGCCGACGAGAGCAGGCGCAGGAGGCUGGGGUCCCACCGCCGGAGUUCAAGGUCUCGGCACAGUUCUUAGAGCUGUACAAUGAGGAGAUCCUGGACCUGUUUGAUGGAACCAGAGACCUCGAGUCCAGGAGCCGAAAGUCCACCAUCAAGAUCCACGAGGAUGGAAGUGGAAGCAUCUACACGACCGGAGUCACAUCUAGACUGGUGCAUUCAGAGGACGAGCUGUUGCAGUGUUUGAAGCUGGGGGCUCUGUCUCGGACCACGGCCAGCACUCAGAUGAACGCCCAGAGCUCCAGGUCUCACGCCAUCUUCACCAUCCACCUGUGUCAGAUGAGGAUGUGUCCACAGCAGAACAGAGCGGAGGAGAGCCUGGACGUGAACGGCGUAGACCCCUCCCUCGCUCAGCCCGAGUACGAGACGCUGAUGGCAAAGUUUCAUUUCGUGGACCUGGCCGGAUCUGAGCGUCUGAAGAGGACCGGAGCCACCGGGGAGAGGGCCAGAGAGGGCAUCUCCAUCAACUGUGGACUGCUGGCUCUGGGGAACGUGAUCAGUGCGCUGGGAGAUCAGAUGAAAAAGGCGUCACACGUCCCCUACCGAGACUCCAAACUCACGCGGCUGCUGCAGGACUCGCUGGGAGGAAACAGCCGCACGAUGAUGAUUGCCUGCGUGAGUCCGUCCGACCGCGACUUCAUGGAGACCCUGAACACGCUGAAGUACGCGAACCGGGCGCGGAACAUCAAGAACAAAGUGGUGGUGAACCAGGACAAGACGAGUCAGCAGAUCAGCGCGCUCCGAGCUGAGGUGGCCCGGCUGCAGAUGGAGAUACUCGAGUACAAGGCGGGAAAGCGCGUGGCGUGCGAGGAGGGAGCGGAGGGCUUCAGCGAUCUGUUCACGGAGAACUCGAUGCUUCAGCGCGAGAACGACACACUUCGCCUCCGAGUGAAAGCCAUGCAGGAGACCAUCGACCAUCUGAACAGCCGAGUCACUCACCUAUUGGCCAAUCAAGUCAGCCACCUGCUCAGCAAGUCGGGUGAAGGCAGCGAGGAGAUCGGAGCACUGGUCCAGAACUACAUCGGAGAAGUGGAGGAACUGAGAUCCAAGUUGUUGGAGAGUGAAGCGAUGAACGAGUCGUUGCGGCGGCAGAUCACCCGUCUCUCCGCUCGUACUCCGUUCCCCUCUGGCCCCGCCCCUGCGACCAUGGAGACGGAUGCUAGCGACGUUAUUCGCAGAGCCAAACUGGACAUGGAGCGCCUGAAGAAGAAGGAGCGGAGGCAGCGGCGCAUGAGUCCGGAGCUGGAGAAGGGUCUGAAGAAGCGUGUGAAGCUGCACACAUCCGAGAAUGGAGAGAACGGACACCGGACUGAAGUGAACGGAGAGAACAGAGAAAACGGAGAAAACGGAGAGAACGGGGAGAACGGGGAGAAUGGGGAGAAUGGGGAGAAUGGGGAGAUCGACUCUGACGACAACUACACUGAGGACCUGAUGUCUCCGCUGCAGGAGGAGAGUGGCUGUGAGGAGGGGGAGGAGGAGGAGGAGGGGAGACAGGAGGAGGACUUCGACAGCGAUGAGAGCUGUGUGGACUCGGACUCAGACUCCGACGACAAAGGAAACCUUCAGGCCGACCUGGCCGAGCUGACCUGUGAGAUGGAGAUAAAGCAGCGUCUGAUCGAUGAGCUGGAGAACAGCCAGCGCAGACUCAUGAUGCUGAAGCUUCAGUACGAGGAGAAACUCAUCCUGCUGCAAAACAAGAUCCGAGACACGCAGCUGGAGCGCGACCGCGUCCUACACAACCUCAUGUCGAUGGAGAACUACACAGAGGAAAAGGCCAACAAGGUGAAGCAGGACUACGAGAAGCGGCUCAAAGAAAUGAACCGUGACCUGCAGAAGCUCCAGGCCGCACAGAAGGAACACGCCCGGCUCCUGAAGAACCAGAGCCGCUACGAGAGGGAGCUAAAGAGACUACAGGGGGAGCUGGCCGACAUGAAAAAGGCCAAGGUGACGCUCAUGAGGCAGAUGAAGGAGGAGCAGCAGAGGAGGAAGAUAAUCGACGCCAAGCGGAACCGAGAGAUUGCACAGCUCAAGAAGGAGCAGCGCCGCCAAGAGUACCAGAUCCGUGCGCUGGAGUCCCAGAAGCGGCAGCAGGAGUUGGUUUUGCGGAGAAAGACGCAGGAGGUGAGCGCGCUGCGGCGGAUGGCCAAGCCCCUGUCUGAGCGCGCGGCCGGGAGGGUGAGCCAGCGCUGGACCUCCGCAGACUCCGGGGCCGAGCUGUCCCCCUCCACCCCCACCCUAGAGCCCUCUGCUGGAAGGGGUUCCGUCAGCGGCCUGGUGCGCCACUGGAACAACAAGAACAACGUGUACGGGGGAUACCUGGCCGAGAGCGAGGGCAGCAUGGACGGGACCAGGGUCAUCGGCAGCAGGAGGAAGCUCGCUCGUAAACCCGCCCUCCUCCCUCACCUCAGCCCCCUCCACAGAGCCAGCUCGUCCUCAAAAUCAGCGCGUCAGAAGUGGCAGACGCUGGAGAGCCGCAUCCGGGACAUCGUGAUGCAGAGGAUGACCAUCGCCAAUGUGGAGAAUGACAUGGACCGACUCCUCAAGAAACGAGAGGAGUUGAUGGGCCAACAGGAAGCUCUGUCCCAUAAACGGCAGGUGCUGAUGGCGGAUGGAGAAGGGCCAGAGGCAGAGGACCGCCUCCUUCAGGAAGUGGGAGAAGACAUGGAGGUCCUGAACGCCAACAUCGACUACAUUAACGACAGUCUGUCAGACUGUCAGGCCACCAUCGUGCAGAUUGAGGAGACCAAGGACGAGCUGGACUCUGUGGACUCCUCUGUGGUCAUCAGCUCCUGCUCUCUGGCUGAAGCUCGUCACCUGCUGGACCACUUCCUCAAAGCCUCCAUAGACAAGAGCUUGCAGGUAGCUCAGAGGGAGUCUCAGAUCCGGCUACUGGAGGGCCAGCUCCGACAGACAGACGUGAUCGGCUCCUCGCACAACCACAUGAUCCUGGACGCGCUGCGAGAAAAGGCAGAGUGCAUCCCGGAGCUGCAGGCGCUCAUACACAACGUCACACAAGAAAACGGUUACGUGAGCACAGACGAGGAGCCGUCAGAGACCUCAGAGUGCAGCGUGUCACAAAUGAAACUGUCCAACAGCCAGGACGACUUCAAGAUGAAAGUCAUGCAGUCUGAGCCGCGCUUGUCGGUCCAGAUCAAGGCGGUCUCUGCAGAGUACCUGGGUCCGGUGCAGGAUGGUGGCAGCAGCAGCAGCAGUAGCAGCAGCAGUGGGAGCAGCAGUAAAGCCCAAUACUUCACCAAGUCUCUGGCCUCGCUGACGGACAUCCAGGAGGACGGUCUGGGCUGCGCCAGCUUCAGUCUCAGCCUCAGAGAACCGCUGCAGAGAGAGAGGGCCUCCAGGACCAUCAGCCUGCCCAUACGCGGACACACUUUUCCGCGUCAGUCCCGAGGAUACGACACGUCUCCUCUCACCAGGAGGAAGUCCUACGAUCGCUCCAGCAGAGCGACUGAAGGCUACACGCCGCCCUCCUCUCCUCCGCUCAGAACCAGAAACGACCGGAACGUCUUCUCUCGCCUCACCAGUCACCAGGCUCAAGGCUCAGCUCUGGACAAGGGGGUGAUCAGUCCUCUGGGGGGAGUCAAAGGCACCAGGACGGCCCCUCUCCAGUGCGUGUCUGUGGCCGAGGGACAUUCCAAACCAGUGCUGUGUGUGGACGCCACCAACCAGCUGCUUUUCACCGGCUCCAAAGACCGCACGUGUAAGAUGUGGGACCUGGGCACGGCGCAGGAGGUGGUGACUCUGAAGGGACAUCCCAACAACGUGGUGUCGGUGAAGUACUGCUGCUCCUCUGGGCUGCUCUUCUCGGUGUCCUCCUCCUACAUCAAGGUCUGGGACAUCAGGGACGCCAGCAAGUGUGUGCGCACGCUCACCUCCUCUGGUCAGGUGGUCAGUGGAGACGCGUGUGCCGGCACCACCACGCGCACCAUCACGUUUGCUCAAGGCGAGUGUCAGAUUAACCAGAUCUCCCUGAAUGCCUCGGGUUCCGUGCUAUACGCUGCAGCGGGAAACACUGUGCGCAUCUGGGACCUCAACAGGAUGAUGGCUAUGGGGAAGCUGAUCGGACACAUCGGGUCAGUCAUGUGUCUCACAGUGGGACAGUCUUCUCUCGGAAAAGACAAGGUCAUCACCGGCUCCAAAGACCACUACGUCAAGGUGUUUGACGUGGCGGAGGGGGCUCUGGGGAACGUGGGUCCGGCUCAUAACUUUGAGCCUCCACACUACGACGGGAUCGAGUGUCUGUCGGUGCAGAGAGACGUCCUGUUCAGCGGAUCCAGAGACAACGGCAUCAAGAAGUGGGACCUGGAGCAACAAGAGCUGCUGCAGCAAAUCCCGAACGCGCACAAGGACUGGGUGUGCGCGCUGGCCCUGGUCCCACAGCGCCCCCUGCUGCUCAGCGCCUGCCGAGGAGGGAUUCUCAAAGUGUGGAACGUGGACAACUUCAGCCCCAUCGGUGAACUGCGCGGCCACGACAGCCCCAUCAACGCCAUCUGCACCAACAGCAAGCACAUAUUCACCGCGGCCAGCGACACAACGGUGAAGAUCUGGCUGUCAAAGGUGUCGAGGAAGAGUGAGUCCUGCUUCCGCAAACUACACAUCUCUGAUCUCCGCAGCUCAAUGGUCCAAUGUGGAGCCGACCCGCCCGGGGGACGUGGCCUGUCCAGCUGGCAGAGCUCAGCACAGACGUGGACGGAGCAGGGACACAGACAGCUCUUCUCAGCUCACAGCGGACAGUUUACAGUCAGUACAGAACACAACAUAAGCACAGCUCACAGACAGACCAGAGGAGCGGGGCUAGCAUCUACAGACACAGAAGCAGCGCGGAGCUAA